GUAUAUAUUGUGGCCCUUUAAGAUUGUUGGCGUGGGAAGUGGCAAAACAAAUGAACAAAGCAAAAGUUCCUUUUGAUCUAAUUACAGGACAAGGGAGAGACGAAGUUCAUGGUGCAAGGCACAAAGCUGUCACAGUGGAGAUGGCUGCUGUAACCUCCCAUUGCCAUUGUGCUGUUAUUGAUGAAAUACAAAUGUUGGGCUGUAAAACAAGGGGUUUUUCAUUCACACGUGCUCUAUUGGGAAUUGCUGCUGACGAACUUCAUCUUUGUGGAGAUGCAGCUGCUGUUUCUCUUUUUCAGGAAGUGCUGAAAGUGACUGAUGAUAAUGUAGAGGUACUGUAAUUUUCUGGAACGUAUGUUUGAUCAAUUUUUUAAUUUACAUUUUUUAUCUUGUUAAAUGUAACAUUUAUGUUAAAACA